UCUAUUUGCAUAGCUCCUGGGACGUGGCGCGCAGCUGCUGGGCCACUUCCGCGUCAGAGGGAACUCCAAGUCCCGGAAUGCCUCGGGGGUAGGCGCGUCACGUCCGUGGUGUUGGAAGCUGCGGAGGAGCGAGUCUAGGGAGCUGGUGCGAUUUGAGAGCGACUGGUUCGGGUUUGCGGUUGGGUGGUGGGGUGAGCGUCUGUGUUUCUGCCCAUCCUUCCCGCUGAUAUCCAUUAUGGAACUGGCGUUGGACUUGGGUGACCAGGACCUGCUGGACUUUCUGCUAGAGGAAAGCGGAGAUUUGGGGGCCGAGCAGCCCCUUUCCGAGACGCUGAGUGAAUGGGAGGCAGAGGAUUUCCUGAGUUCCGUGCUGAGUCCUCCAGCAUCGUUGAACGUCCUUAGCUCCUCUGAUUCCUGUCUUGUUCACCAUGAUCACACCUACUCUCUCUCACAACAUGUCUCCAUAGAUCUAGAUGGUGGGAACUAUGGAAAAGAGGGGGCCCAGACGACUCCACUGCGUGUGGAGGAGCCAGCAGAGCAGGAAAUUGCUAGGCUGAUACUGACAGAUGAGGAGAAGAGGCUGUUGGAGAAGGAGGGGCUUACUCUGCAUGGGACACUUCCUCUUACUAAGGUAAGACUCCCAUUGAUAGGAGUGAAAGCUGGAGGGGGUUUGUGAGUCCCAAGUACCCA